AUGACCGAAUUGGAGAGUACUUGGAAUACCCUCUAUGAUUAUGAAUCAGGUAAAAUAUAUGUACAUUUGAAAAACAAUGGAUUGCUAAGGCUUAACUUUUCAAUCACAGGAUUUGAUGAUGUUGAUAAAGACAGUCUACAAUAUUUCAAUUUGAAUAAUAAUCAAGAAAUAGAUACCUUGACACCUCCACCGGAAUAUUCAACAUUAUUUAUUUUAAACCAAGGAUUAUACGCUUUAACGUCAAAAACGGGUGAUGACCAAGAUUUAUGUGGAGAUGGAACAAUCUCAAUUAUAAAAUUCCAAGAAAAUAAAAAUAAAUGGACAUCACCCAUAAGUUUGAAUACAAACAACAUCAGUGAUGGUUCCUUCUAUCGAUAUCCUACAAUAUUCACCAAUCCAGAAGAUACAACCACAAUAUACAUCUAUGGAGGGAUUUGUGACAAAUCGGGGUCCAUUUCUUCAAGAAUGCUUUCCAUUGAUUUUCUGUCCAAUAAAGCAAAUUCAAUCUUAACUUCUACUCAACCUCAACCAUUCUACGGAGCAGCCAAUUUGCUUGCUCCCAAUCCACAGGCACAAUUGGUUAUUGGAGGAGAGCUGAGUAAUGGGUGGUUAAAUAUGUGUCAAUUAGCCACUUGGGAUUUCCAUUCUGGUUGGUCUUCUAAGCAGAUCAAAUUGGCCGAUGCGUCAGAAACAUUGAAUUCAAGGAAAUUUGCCUUAGCAUUACCAAUAUUUGAUCCAUUGAAGAAUAAGAAAUUAUUAUACAAUGAUUUCAUGUUAAAAGAAGUUCUUUUGAUUGGAGGGGAGAGUGGAGAUGGAGAUAAGAGGAUGGCAGCAACUCCUGAAUUUGUCAAGUUGUCAUUGGACAGUACUAAUUGGUCUUGGGAUACGAAUGUCACUAAUGGAAUUAACGGGGAUGAGAUAUUGGGAGCAGCUACUAUAUUUGAUACUUUGGUUGUUAUAAAUUCUACAAGCACCAAUAGGAAGAGAGACGAUAGUUAUAAGAUUAAUCUUUGGGAUACUGGGUCAUUCAAACCGGUUACAUCUUUGAAGGGAAAUACCAAAUCAUUGACUUCCAGUAGUUCUGAUGAUUCAUCGUCAUCGUCGUCGUCUCUGGGGGUGAAUAACAAGAUUAUAUUUGGUACUGUGUUCCCACUUGGGUUCAUGUCGAUUAUUAUUGGUGUCUUAAUAGUGUAUUUGAUAAAGAGGCGGAAUAAAAAUAAGCUUAGUCCAGAUGAAAGAGCAUAUAAUGAAAUAGAUUAUAAGUAUGAAGAUAUCCAUAGUUCAUCGUUUAUAGUUGAACCUCAAUUAUAUGCCAGUGAUGCUAAUUCGACUUUAGAAAGUGCUUCAAUUGAUUCAUGGAUGAAAAAGAGACAAGAUUUUGAGAAAAUAAGACAUAGUUAUCUUGCAUCCAAUGAGACUUUGAGUACUGACAGUGAUGCGCCAAUGAUGGGAAGACGACAGAGAGAUUUUGCUGGUGAAAGGGUUGUAGAUGAUGAAGAUGAGGAAGACAGGGAAGAAAAUUCAGGUGGAAGUUCAAGCACUUCAGAAUUUGAUGUUACUUCAUUGAGUGUUCCUCAAGCUGCUGUAAUGAAUAAAUCGAUAAAGACCCUAACAAAAUCAUUCUCAUUUACAGAUACUCCAUCAACCCCAUUAAGUAAAAAGUUUAAGAGAUUGCCCAAUGGAAAUAAACUUGAAUAUCUACUGCUAUCAACACGUUCGAAAUUUAGAAGUCCUCAUGAGAGGGAAAGGAAGAUAGAAGGAUUGUCUGAUACAACGUCUUUGGAUGAACAAGUUGAUGUUCAAGUAUUGGUGAGUAGUAAGCGAAGGUCAGUAUUGAGAGUUGUGAAUCCAGAUUCACGAAAGGCAUCUGACGCCACUGAAUUGGCCGAAGAUGACGAUAAUGAAAAUAAGCCAUUGAACGCGAGGGAGACGGCCGAGGGAGAUGAACAUACAAUGGAUGAUACUUGGGAAGAUGAGUUUGAUUUUACAUCUUCAACAUCGUCACUAAGACAAAGAAUUCCCUCAGGUCAAAAAUAA